AUGGCUCUUUGGGAGGCAAGCGACCGACUGACAAACGCCUCCUUCGUUUGGGCACCACCCUGCAUUUACGAGUGGAAGGAGGUACUUCCUCACGUCCUUGAGAGACCCCAAAGCAAAGUUAUCUUCAGCCUUACCUUGACGGAGGUCGCAGAACAUGGCUUGUUGCCUGCCCAAUUGGGCAAACCAACCUUCUUUGCGCGCAAACCUGCCCUAGUUACUAUUUCUGCAACCCCCCUUCAACCCCACCUCCAGCUCCAGCCACACUCGCAGCCAAAAACAAGUGGUUGGGUCGGUCUGGGCGACUGUUCAUAUCACCACGCCUUGGAACAGCAAAUAAUGUUCAAGUGCCAGUUCACCCAAGCGACAACACAACGGGCUGGACAUCAAAAGUUUGCUAGUGCCGAACAACUUCAACGCAAUUCCAAUCGGCAUGGACAUGGAGUUGGUCAGGGCUGUUUUGUCGGAGAAUCCGUAGCAUUGGCAUCUCGUCGUGAGGACGAAUGUGGUCAGUCAAGUCAGUCCAUCUUGCGGACCCGGUCCGCUUGCGUCUGCCAAGCAAAGUUUUGUAAACUUUCUUCCACGACCCCUCCAUCUCCUUGCCUGCAUGUGCAGCAAAUAGCCGGCCUCCCAUCAAUUGACCGACCCAUGUCUUGCGAUUGUAACCAAAUGGACAGUGUUAUGGCGUCGUCUGCCGGCAAAUGGAUGCCUUCAUUGGCCGGCUCCAAAACGCCAUGCUCCAUUUUUAAGGCUUUAGGUGGCCAAGUGCCUUGUUUCACUUCAACCCGUACACUGCCCAUUCGUCUGUUUACCAACACCCGUGUUGUUCUGGAAAUGGCAUUUAGUGUAUCGCGUCACCACCAUUUUUCAACCACAAAUGCACUAAUCUUCUCUUCCACUCUCACCGGCUCGUUUUCCCAUCGUGGAUAG